AUGGACGCCGUGUGCGAGCCCUGUCCACCGCCUGCGCAGCUCAGCAGCGAUGCCGCCGCCAGCAGCAAUGCUGCCGGCACGACCCACAUGCGCAACCCGCGCCCGCGCCGGUGGAAGUCGCGGCUAAUCCAGCAGAAGACGCUCAGCGGCACGAUCACCGUCCGUAAGUGGGUCUCCGACGACGCGCCGGCGCUCGGCGCGCGGCGCGUGCCUGGCGACUCUGCCGCGUACUUGUGCACACUCGAGGGUUGCGGCAAGGCGUUCGCGGACGCGGCGUCGCUGCGCAAGCACAUGCACACGCACGGCGAGAAGCAGUACGUGUGCCAGGUCGAGGGGUGCGGCAAGCGCUUCCUCGACUCCUCCAAGCUGAAGCGACACUCCCUCACCCACACGGGCGCGCGCCUCCCCGCCCCUAAAGACACCUUUCCGGGCCCAGACACCGCGCGCAAGGGACAGUCGAGAGCGAACGGCCCUACCUUUGUCCAUUUGAGGGCUGCGGCGAGAGGCCGUUUGCCUGCUCCUUCCCGGGAUGCGACAAGCGAUUCGCGCAAGAGUUGCGAUCCCCCCUCCGCCCUGCCUGUAAACUUGAACGGGUGA